AUGGUUAAUCUUGCAUAUGCUCUGGUCACAGGGGCGGCUCUGAUAUUUUCUGUCGUUGCAAACCCUGUCAAGCAAGAUCUCCCACCGCACCUAGCACAACAAGCCGUUCCACAGUCCGUUGAUGGAAUCAAAGGUCUUGCCAAUCGUCUCUUUGGCGGGCAUGCAGACCAGUUUGAAUUUUCUCUUACUGAGGAGCACGAACGAUGGUCUCGUUGGAAUCAACCUUCGAACGAUAACUACACCGUCACAGUGACCACUAAUGGCAAGAUCAUCAUUAAGGGCACAACUCUAAGCGCUUUGGCUAGAGGGCUUCGGCACUAUGCAACAGAUACAUUGCUGCUAGACGAUUAUUGGUUUAUUGGACCCAGUCGAAAACCUCCAGCCAGUCUGCCAUUGCCAAACUCAACAUUGACUGGGGCGAGCGUCGUUCCCUGGCGAUACAAUCUGAAUACUGUGACCUUCUCAUAUACCUUUGUUUGGUACCAAUGGGAAGACUGGGAGAAGCUUCUUGACUGGGCUGCCUGGAGAGGUGUCAAUAUUCAACUUGCUUGGGUCGGAUACGAAAAGAUCUUUCUUGAAAGCUUUCGAGAGCUUGGAAUGACAGAUGCUGAAAUCCUUCCAUUCUUUAGUGGGCCUGCUUUUCAGGCGUGGAAUAGGUUUGGUAAUAUCAGGGGGUCGUGGGGAGGCGUUGGCGACUUGACCAUCUCAUGGAUCGAAAAGCAAUUCGGAUUGCAAAAGAAAAUCGUCGCCAGAAUGGUCGAUCUUGGAAUUACCCCUGUUCUCCCCGCAUUUCCAGGCUUUGUACCAGACGCCAUAAAAAGAGUGCGACCAAAUGCGCCGGUUACGAGGGCGCCGGUCUGGGAGGGGGCUUACAAUUAUAGCAGAAGCUAUUUUAUCAGCCCCCUUGAUGGUACCUCGGCGAGGCUGCAAAAUCUGUUCAUCUCCAAGCAGAUCCAGGCCUUUGGAAAUGUCACGAAUAUCUACACACUGGACCAAUUCAACGAAAUGCAGCCCACCAACGGUACUAACGCUUACUUAUCCUCAGUCUCCAAUCAUACGUAUGCAGCUCUGACGGCAGCCAACCCUGCGGCCAUCUGGUUGAUGCAAGGCUGGCUAUUUCACAAUAGCCGUCAAUUUUGGACUGAUUCACGGAUACAAGCCUACCUAGGAGGAGUCAAAGACAAGACCAGCUCGCUAAUUCUUGAUCUCUACUCUGAAAACGCGCCUCAAUGGCAACGAACCCAGGGCUACUAUGGGAGGCCAUGGAUUUGGUGCCAGCUCCAUAACUGGGGCGGAAACAUGAAUUUGUUCGGCCAGAUCUCGAAGACGACUGGUCCUCCACUUAGUGCUCUUAACAACUCCAACUCCUUGGUUGGCUUCGGUAUAAGUGCUGAGGGCCUUGCAGGCAACGAGGUAGUAUAUGAUCUUCUUCUCGACCAAGCGUGGUCAAAGACCGCAAUCAACACAGUGGGCUACUUUCAGAAUUGGGUUUCACGACGCUAUUCAGCAGCUGCAUCUAUUCCAAACUCGCUAUUCCACGCAUGGGAGCUCUUGCGCAAACACGUCUAUGACAACACCGACGCUGCGGUCCCCAAAACUCCUGUUAGCAUCUAUCAGCUUAGGCCAAGUCUCUUUGGCUUAAAUCGCACCGGUCAAUGGCCUGCCCCGACGAAAAUACACUACGACCCAGCUAUCUUGACCCAGGUCCGGACACUAAUGGGCAACGCAAGCGCCGAAGAUGCUUCCUUGUUGAAUACUCCCGGGUUUAAAUUUGACCUUGUAGACAUAACCCGUCAGGCCAUAACAAACGAGUUUGCUGACGAUUAUGCGGACCUUGUUACUACGUUUAAAUCGGCGAUAAACAACAACGUAACUACAGAUUUGGUGGCCAAGGGUCAGAAGUUGCUCAACAGACUCGAAUCGCUGGAUGCCGUUCUUUCCACAAAUGAGCACUUUACUCUGGAACAGUGGCUCAGCAGAGCGCAAAGUUGGGCUGAUUCGCCCGCAUUGAAGGAUCAGAUAUCCCUCAACGCUCGCAGCCAGGUAACUGUUUGGUUUGUGGAGAUUCCGGAUUUGAACGAUUAUUCGGCGCGAGCGUGGAGUGGCCUUGUUCGUUCUUACUACUGGCAGAGGUGGUCGAUUUUCGUUAAUGGGUUGAUCGAGGCGGUACCAACAGGGGCGCUAAAUGAGAAGGCAUUAAGUGAUAAGAUACGCAUUUUUGAAAAAGAAUGGCAGUAUAGAGGAUUUAACGUUCCUAGUGGAACUGUAAAUGCUAGGGGAACUUAG